GCUUAGACAUUCUGGAGUUGCGGUCGAAUAUAUUCACAAUGAGGUGUUCUGUGAUUUUUAUGGUGAUUGCCCUCUUGGAUGGGAGUGUUUGUAAAUAUAAUAAGCACACAAACCCAAACAAGGAAACCUCGAUCAAGUACUACACGAAACAAUCAGACAUAACAAUACCAGUAAUGAUGCAUUUAGACAAGGCAUUAACAAAUAUCCUUUCGAAAGAAUCCAAACACAAAAUACGAGAGAAAUUCAAACUCUUAGCCAAAGAUAUAUUGAAAGAUGUAGAAGAGUUAUUCAUGCACCCAAAUUUGCAGCAGAAAGUGAAAUUGGAACUGCUAGAUGUAAAAAUAAUAAGAAACUCGACGAAAAAGGUGGUAAUGAGUGAGAAUGUUUCGAAAUACUUGAAGAGCUACUGCAAUUGGCAAGGCGAAAAGAAGAUUGCUAAGAAGAGGUGGUUCUACUCUGUUCUAUUUACCGGAUUGGACCUGUUUUAUCUGGAUCGAGCUGGUGCUGAAGUUAGGAGUAGUACAGGUCGUGGCUACAUGAAAGGCAUCUGCAGUAAUAAGAAUAGCUGUACACUGCUAGAGUGGCAUCCUGAAAACAUCGCCUACAUACUGACUCAUGAAAUAGCUCACAGUAUCGGUAUGUCACACGACGGGCCACCAAACAAUGAGUGUCGAGGCCAAAGGUACAUCAUGCAUGCGAAGUACAACCCUAGAAACCCUGCCAAGACCUGGUCAUCAUGCAACAGGAGGGAACUCAACCAUUUCUUGAAGAGCAAGAAGGCAUGGUGCUUAAGGCGAGAUCCAACCACAGUAUAAUAAUAAUUAUAUUCCACAGUAUUUAAAUGUUAAUAAUAGUCAUUUUAAACAAAGUUAUAAGUUGUGAUUAAGAUUUAAAUUUAAGCGCCUACAAAAUUUGUAAGAGCAACGCAUAGCGUGUUCUAGUGCUCUUUAUAAAUUUUAGGCGUUAUAAGUCACAUAAUUUAGAAAGCCAGUUGAGGCUACGUCGUCACUGAAAGAUGCAUUUAAGCAAUAAACUUGUUGACUGAAAUAUCUAGCCUUAAUAAAUUUAUAAUUACUU